CCCACUUUCCUCUUUCCCUCUAAAAAGGAAAAAUUUCCAUUGCGGUUAUAAGGACUCUCUCUCUCUCUUUCCCUUCUCCAUAUUCUUCUGCGAAAACAGAGCAGAGGCGCUCAGCUGGCCUUCGUUGUCGAGAGAUGGAACCACAGUGCUCGCAGCAAUCUUCGAUCACUGAAAUUGGCGAAGCACCGCAAGUGGCUGAGCCAACCUCUGCAGACAUCAAGACAUGUGGAGGUUCUACCUGUGCUUUAUCUAAUUCAGUCAGGGAGUCAAAAGAUGCAAAGGAGAGGUCAGCUUCUAUAAGAAAGCUAUUUAUAGCAGUUCUUCUCUGCAUGAUCUUCAUGUGCAUAGAAGUUGUUGGAGGCAUCAAAGCAAACAGCCUUGCAAUUCUCACAGAUGCAGCUCAUCUCCUUUCCGAUAUCGCGGCUUUCGCCAUUUCCUUGUUCUCCAUUUGGGCAGCUGGAUGGGAAGCAACUCCUCGUCAAUCCUAUGGAUUUUACAGAAUCGAAAUUCUUGGUGCUUUGGUUUCCAUCCAGCUUAUAUGGCUCCUAACUGGUAUCAUAUUGUAUGAGGCUGUAAUGAGACUGAUACAUGGAACAAAUUUAGUUCAUGGCAAAUUGAUGUUCGCAGUUGCAGCCUUUGGCUUGUUUGUUAACAUCAUCAUGGUCGUCUUGCUCGGCCAUAAUCAUGACCAUAGCCAUAGCCAUAGCCAUAGCCAUAGCCAUGGCCAUGGAGCUCACAGUGAACAUCACAGCCACAGCAUCGACAUCAACAUUACAGCUGAAAAUGAUGAGAGAAAAUCGCAGCGACAGAAGAAGCAAAGCAUUAAUGUCCGAAGUGCCUAUCUUCAUGUGCUUGGCGACUCAAUUCAGAGCAUUGGGGUGAUGGUUGGUGGCGUGAUCAUAUGGUGCAAGCCGGAAUGGAAGAUGGUGGAUCUGCUUUGCACACUAUUGUUUUCAUUGAUUGUUCUGAUCACCACGAUCAACAUGCUUCGUAACAUACUGUCGGUGCUAAUGGAAAGCACCCCGAGAGAGAUCGACGCAACGAAGCUCGAGAAGGGAAUGUGCGAAGUGGAGGGGGUGGUGGCGGUUCAUGAGCUGCACAUAUGGGCUAUCACCAUUGGCAAAGUUUUGUUGGCUUGCCAUGUUACAAUCAAACCAGAAGCUAACUCUGAGGAUGUUCUGGAUCAGGUGAUUGGGUAUAUCAGAAAGGAGUAUAAUAUCAGUCAUGUAACUAUACAGGUUGAGAGGGAGAAGGCUCUUUAGUAGAUAGAACAAGCAAUUUCUGAUAGCUUUUAUGUAUGGUUUGAUUGUAAAGCCAUUGAUAGCAAAGUAUGAGUAGAAAAAAUUGAAGGUAGAGCUGGAUAUUUGUAUGGAGACAUUAUAUAUUUAGAUUUUAAAGAGUAUUAUUACA